AUGAGGCGACAGGUAGCUUCUAGCUUGCUCAGGUGUGCGAGUGCUGCAGGCGUCGGCACCAAGCCCGCGGUCCCGUGCUUGGCAACCUCCACCCGCCUCUUCGCCGAUGAUGCCUCCCUGAAGAAAACCCCUCUCUAUGACUUCCAUGUGGAGCAUGGAGGCAAGAUGGUGCCCUUCGCGGGCUGGUCCAUGCCGAUCCAGUAUAAGGACAGCAUCAUCGACUCCACCCUGCACUGCCGGAACAGUGCCUCCCUGUUCGAUGUGUCCCACAUGUGCGGAGUGACCCUCAAGGGCAAGGAUGCCAUCCCCUGGAUCGAGAAGCUCGUGGUGGGCGACAUCGCGGGGCUCAAGGACGGCACUGGCACCCUCUCCGUGCUCACCAACGAAUCUGGCGGCAUCAUCGACGACACCAUCGUCACCAGGAUCGCCGAGGAUGAGCUGUACCUGGUACUGAACGCCGGCUGCCGUGACAAGGACCUGGCACACCUGCGCAAGCACCUGGACGACUUCUCCGGGGACCUCACCCUCGAGGUCAUGGAUGACAAGUCCCUGCUGGCCCUGCAGGGGCCUCAGGCUGUGGACGUCCUGCAGCCGCUGGUGAAGGAGGACCUGAGCAAGCUUUACUUCGGCUCCCUGCUCAAGGCCGAGGUCAAGGGCGUGCCGUGCUACAUCGCGCGCUCCGGGUACACGGGCGAGGACGGGUUCGAGCUCUCCAUCCCCGCCGACCGCGCCGUCGACCUGGCCACCGCCUUCGUCUCCGACGACCGCGUGCGGCUGUGCGGACUGGGCCCGCGCGAUUCGCUGCGCCUGGAGGCGGGCCUCUGCCUCUACGGCAACGACCUGAACGAGGACGUGACGCCCGUGGAGGCGGGCCUGACCUGGACCAUCGGCAAGCGGCGGCGUGAGGACUUUUCCUUCCUGGGGGGGGAGGUGAUCAAGCGCCAGCUGGCCGACGGCGUCAAGCAGCGCCGCGUGGGCCUGCUUUCCUCGGGGCCCCCCGCCCGCCAGCACAGCCCCAUCCUGGACGGGGAGGGGCGCACCGUGGGCGAGAUCUCCUCCGGCGCCCACAGCCCCUGCCUGAAGAAGAACGUGGCCAUGGGCUACGUGGAGAAAGCGCUGGGCAAGGCGGGGACGGAGCUCAAGGUGGUGGUGCGCGGCAAGCCCUACGACGCCGUAGUCGCCAAGAUGCCCUUUGUGCCCAACCGCUACUACAAGGGCGCUUGA